GUGAUUAGCCUUCAGUUCACCAUCCUUGCUUCUUGUAGCCUCAGUUCCAUCUAGGAGCUUGUCCAGUUCACCUUUCUUCUCUCGGACGUCGUUCUUUUGAGGUCUUCAUCUCUCCGUUGAGCAAGAGUUCGUGGAUUUGCCGCUCGAGUUUCCUCGAGCGAGAGUGCUUACGUUUAUGGAUCAAAACGAUAAGAAAAGGCGCGUCGAUAACGACUCCGGGGUUUCGGACUUCGUUCUCAACGAGAUGGAGAUGAGGAAGAUGCUGGAAAUGCUGUCGAAGGAGGACCUCGUUUCUCUCCUCCUCGACGCAGCUCUGAAGCACGAAUCCGUCGCAGAGCAAUGCAUGGCGAUCGCCAGCACGAACGUCGCGAACCGGAAGCUCUUCGUGCGGGGCCUUGCUUGGGAGACCUCGUCAGAGACCCUGCUCGCCUCCUUUCAAGAAUAUGGCGAGAUCGAGGAGGGUGCUGUUAUCACGGAUCGGACGACCGGCCGCUCAAGGGGCUUCGGCUUUGUCACGUUCAAGUCGUCCGAGUCAGCGUAUAGGGCUCUCCGCGAACCGACCAAGAUGAUCGACGGUCGUGCCGCCAUGUGCAAUCUCGCUGCAGCGGGGCCCACCUCCCACCCCACAGCCACCUCCGUCGCUGCUGCUUCUUCCCACGGGGACGGCAGCGGGGGCAGCGCCUACCAGUACCGGCCUAGCUACUCCAGCGGGGCGGAUCUGGCGUACCGCAAGCUCUACGUGUGGGGGCUGCACUUUGAAACCACCAAUGAGACGUUCAAAGACUUCUUUUCUCAGUACGGCGACAUUGAGGAGGGGGCGGUGGCCUUCGACAGAGAGACUCACAAGUCCAGGGGUUUCGGAUUUGUCACGUAUCGAUCACCGGAGGAUGCAAGGAAGGCUCUUGUCGAGCCAACCAAGUUCAUUGAUGGUCGCAAGGUGCAGGUGAAGUAUGCAUUGGACGGUACCAAAGAAAAGAACGCCUUUGCCCAAGCCCAAGCCCAGCUGCAGCAGCAGCAGCAGCUAGCAGCAGCCCUCACCGGCGUCGCCCUGCAAAACCCCCUCGCCUUCUCUCCCUACGCUUUCCCCGGCGGCCUCCCAGCCUCGGCCUUUGGCUCAGCUGGUCUCCAAGGCAUGGCUUUUCCCACAGCAGCAGCGGGUGCUGUGGGCGGGGCAGCAGCAGGGGGGCAGUCUCCGGGGCAGCAGAACCAGGCUGCGGCAGCAGCAGCAGCGGCCCAGCAGUAUGUGUCUUCUCUGGGGGCGGCUGCUUCUGGGGCAGGUGCUGCUGGUGCGGGAGGGACGGGAGGGGUCCAGGUGUCGUAUGGGUUUGGGUCCGUGGCUCCUGGAGGGUUAGGUACCACAUUUUUCACCCAGUAGAGGGGAAUGGUACUUGGGGGAGGUAGCUACUGGGGCACUGCUGGUGCAGGAGGGACGGGAGGGGUGCAGGUAUCGUAUGGGUUUGGGUCCAUGGCACCUGGAGGGUUAGGCACCACGUUUUUCACUCAGUAGAGGAGAAUGGGAAUUGGGGAAAGUAUCUCCUUGGGCACCAAUUUCUUCACUCAGUAGGCUCCAAGGGGGGGCACCUUCUGCAGGGGGGGGGGAGUGUGGGGCGUCUACUACCACGGUUGCAGCAGCAAGGAGGGCAAUCGCCAGGGCAGCAGAACCAGGCUGCUAUGGCUGCAGCAGUGGGAUUGGAGGGGUGCGUACGUUUGGGUCCAUAGUAGCAGGCAGUCGAGUACAGCUUUGUUUUGCAGGGUAGGAUAGAGGAAAAGGAGGGAGGGGGUCUCGCUGGAGAAAACAUCUGUGAGAAUGUGUACUAAGGUCCCUACGGUAUCACACCACCAUCUUUGACCAGUCCCUUAUACGCAAUCUUGACAGUCUGUUACAAGGAGGAAUGGAAACGACGUCCCCUGAACUUACUGUGGUAUCACAGAUGUGAGUGCGCCUGGGGGAACUGGGAAUGCAAGAUUAGACAUUUCAAAUCUUGGCAUGACCUUAGUUCGGAUGUGAUACUCUGUUUCAACCUGCCGCCGAGCAAUGGGUGGGAAGGGAUGGGAUGAGGAAGGGGGGGCUCUGUUUCGA